AAUUCUUAUCCUUGUCUCGAACCACCAUCCCAAAAUCUUAUCCCUAGCCUUCGAAACAUGCAACAUCGACAUUUACCUUGAAACCAGACAACCGAGGAGGCUCCCACAAAUAUUCGCGUUUUCCCUGUUCGCCUGCCUGUGAUUGCUAAAGUUCAAGAUAAACCAUAGCGCCACAAGAAAUUGACCGAUUAGAGCCUCAGGAGUCGCCUCUUAAAGCUCCGCCAUCCAGUGCUCACAGCCACGUGGUUGUCCCGGGAUCAUCAGUCCCCGACACUUACCAUCCUCCAGCUUCUUCUUCCUCCUCGUCCAAAAAUCCCGAGCCAGAGAAGUAGAAAAUCAAUCGAGUAAAUCGGUAUUUUGCCUGUUCGCCGGGGAGAAUUUGAAAUCAACCACCGCCGUCGUCGAUCAUCAGCUAUCUGCCAGCAAGCAAGCAUGUGGAUUUCCAUAGCAUCAUCUCAUCAGAGCUUCUUCGCCAGCAACGCCGUCCUCCUCGCUUCUCCUUCACUGCCUUCCAGUUCCAGACACUUGCGCAUCUCCGCCACCGUCUUAUGCUCUCACCCGCCGCCUUCACCCCACCACUCUACUUCUCCUCCGCCUCCCCGUAAUGGAGAGUUGGGGAAGCUGGCAAUAGUAGCUGCCUUGACGGCAGGUGUGCUUACCCUGGGCUGCCUGUCACCGGAUGAUGCUUCCGCUGCCAAGUCCGGCGGCAGGAUUGGCGGACAGUCCUUCCGCUCCUCCCAGCAACAGCCUCGCUCUUCUUCCCCUCGCAUCAACAACAACUCCUCUCGGACGAACAUAUAUGUAAACCCUCCUGUUGCACCGCCCUUGGUGGGAGGUUAUGGCUACGGGUUUGGUGUACCGUUCUACGGCGGUUGGGGAUGGUCUCCAUUCUCCUUCUUUGCCCCUGGCCCUUCUGUUGCCGUCGGAGUUGGCGGUGGUUUUGAUACCUUUGCUCUCUUUAUCUUCCUUGGCGCUGCGGCAGCAGUCGUUCGAAGAUUCGCCAGAUCAAUCAGGGAUAGGGGAGAUGAAGAUGACGAGUAUUGAUCAUGAUCGACGACUACGGACUACUCCCUAAGUUUUUGGGCUGUAAUUGACCAGAGUGUAUGAAUAAUUCUGUCCUCCCUCCCUGGCAUGGAUCAUUGAAUGGAU